AUAAGCAACAAUCGACUAAAAUCAUUUACAUUUCAACACAUGAAGUCUGCAAGCACCCUUGGAGAUUGAUUUUUACCUCACAAAUUAUAAUCUUUGGCAACCCUUAAAUAGAUAUCUGUCUGGGAGGGACACAAAAGACAAUGAAAAAGUUUUGUAGUUUUCUGUGGUACAUUAACAGUCAGACCAGCAUAAGAGCUCAGGGGUAGUGGACACUUUUAAACUUCUCUUCACUCAAAAACACAAAAGACAUAGGAAGAUGGCGCAUUAUAAUCAACCAUUAUCCUCAUCAUCUGCCAAUGUCAAUCUGGGUGCGUCUGUCAAUCCUCAUGCCAAACCCACUGACUUUGACUUUUUGGCAGUGAUAGGUAAAGGUACCUUUGGAAAGGUGCUUCUGGCAAAACUCAAAGCAGAUGGAAAAUUCUAUGCUGUAAAAGUUUUGCAAAAAAAGGUUAUAUUGAAGAAAAAAGAGCAAAAGAACAUAAUGGCAGAGAGGAAUGUGCUACUCAAGAGCUUGAAACACCCUUUUCUGGUCGGGUUACACUACUCCUUUCAGACCGCUGAGAAGCUUUAUUUUGUUCUGGAUUAUGUCAAUGGAGGAGAGCUGUUUUACCACCUGCAAAGAGAGCGAUGUUUCUCAGAGCCACGGGCGCGCUUCUACACGGCCGAAGUGGCCAGUGCCAUUGGUUACCUUCACUCUCUCAAUAUAGUUUACAGAGAUCUCAAGCCAGAAAAUAUCCUAUUAGAUUGCCAGGGUCAUGUGGUGUUAACAGAUUUUGGACUGUGUAAAGAAGGAGUACAAGCAGAAGAAACCACCACAACAUUUUGUGGUACUCCUGAGUAUCUAGCACCUGAGGUCCUACGAAAAGAGCCCUAUGACCGAACAGUAGACUGGUGGUGCCUUGGAGCUGUGCUUUAUGAGAUGCUGUACAGCUUACCUCCAUUCUACAAUCGAGAUGUAUCUGAGAUGUAUGAAGCAAUUUUACACAAACCCCUUCACCUGCCACCUGGAAAGUCUGAGGCUGUGUGUCACCUGCUCUAUGGACUCUUGCAAAAAGAUCAGCGUCGCCGAAUAGGAGCUAUUGCUGAUUUUCUGGAGAUUAAAAACCAUGCGUUCUUUGCCCUCAUAAACUGGGAUGAUCUCUAUCACAAGCGAAUUACACCUCCAUAUAACCCUAAUGUGAGAGGCCCUUCAGAUCUUCAGCAUAUUGACCCAGAAUUCACCAGAGAGAUGGUGCCCAACUCUGUGGGCCGCACCCCAGAAACUGCACAUAGCCUGGCCACCAGCAGCUCCAAUGCUUUUAAUGGCUUCUCCUAUAUUUCUGAAGAAAAUGGCUUUCUUUGAGGCACGCCAGCUGAUCAAAGUUUUUCUCAAAUAAUGUUACCCUUUGGGGCAUCGAGCAUGGAUCACUUUUUUUAUAGUAACGGGAAAAAAGACUUGAAAGAAAGAGUAUGGGCAGCAACGACAUAAACAAGCGGCUUUUGUGGCCCAAACAUAACUUCCUUUAGACCUCAGCAGCAUAGAAUCAAUAACAACAUAGUCCUUUUAGAGUUGUUUAUUUCUGAUAACAAGGAAAAUAAAUAACUAAGUAGAUUACCUUUGUAUAGAUAUCUAACGCGUAUCAACUACACUGAGCUAGCGUUACUGUGUAAAUAAUGUAUACAAUGUUAGCUACAGAUCCUUGAAUUUGUGCCUGGCUGCCACAUCAGUGAUCCGUGCUCUCCCUCUUCCCUCAUCUUUAGGAAACUAAAACAUUUUAAUUUUGAAAAGGUAUGUGUUUCUGAGAUCAGUUUAGCCACUAGACACAUCCUCAAAAUAAACACAGACUGAAAGUUAACUUUGGACCAGCCGUGUAACGGCAGCAACGUGCGUGCAUCCGAUGAAACCGUCUUAGAGGUAAAACACUUAAAGAUGGAAAUGUGUUGGAUCAUACGUUUUCUUUGUGUAAUAAAAUGGAAUAAGUUAUUGCGUCAGUAUCCAAAAGAAUAGAUCGUUAAAUCUGUUGGAUACAUAGGUAUUACUGUUAGAAAUAUCAUUAUAUAAUUGCCAAAAUAAGCAUAAUUGUGUUUUUUUUUUCAAUAUUGUUGCAUAAUUUUCACUAGUAAAAUGUUUUAUGCAAAUCUAAUUUGCAACAGUGCACAUAAUAAAAAAGCUAUAUCAAAUAAGGCUGUAAAUGUGUAACAUUUGUGCAUACAUUCAUGUUGUGCAAUUGUGUUUUUGCUAUUAGAAACAAAGUCAUUUGUCUUUAAAUGUAAAUCUAUGUUAUGAAUAAUCUAUUAAUGUACAUUAUUUAAUUGUGCUUUGAGGUUAAGUAUUAACGCAUGUAUUUAAUAAAGUCUUAAGCUGUUUUGGAGGCAGAUGUAAUACCAUUGAUAAAGAUAUUAUAACAUAUUAAAGUUUAUUCAUGUUGUUGUAUUUUUCUUUCAUUGUGGCUAUACAGAGAUACUUUUCUGCUUACAAUAUUACGUUAUAAAUUGUAAUGAAAAUAAAUGUGUAAAUAAAAAUAAAUUAUGUUAAAAAUAAA